AGAAAGAAAGAAAGAAAGAAAGCGCAAGGCGCGCAUUCUUUGACUCCUGGGAGAUUUCUGGAGCGCUGGGGUGCGUGAUUGGAGCUGGAUGCUCGCGCUGCCGCUAGGUCUUGAAUUCCCAUGGCGGCACUGUGCGCGGAUUUUUGGGGGAGAUUUCUCGCACGGUUCGCCCGGCGAUUCUUGUGUCGCCAGCGGGAUUUGUGUUGCCCGGAGCUCCUCGCCUGGUAGGAAAGAGGAUCGAUCGAGAAGGUGUCGGGCGGCAUCGGUCAUGGUAUUCCACUCGGAGGCUGAAUGGAAUUGGCACGUUGUGGAGCUGCGAGCCUGGACAGGGACGUCGAGCAGGCUAUUAUUGCACUGAAGAAGGGGUCUCAGCUUCUCAAGUAUGGGCGUCGAGGCCGGCCAAAGUUUGCUCCCUUCCGGCUCUCCAAUGUAAGUGGUUUUCUUCCGUUUUUUCUUGCUUUGUUUCGCUUCCUCAGGCUUGGCUUCUCUCUUCUCCAGGACGAAACCACUCUCAUCUGGUUCUCGGGACGAAAGGAGAGGCAGCUCAGGCUGGAUGCGGUCACAAAAAUCAUUCCCGGCCAGAGAACUGCCAACUUUCAGAGAUAUCCUCGACCCGAGAAGGAGUACCAGUCUUUUUCUCUGAUUUACGGUAGUGGUGGCGAGGAGAGAUCGCUCGAUCUGAUUUGCAAGGACAAGGAUGAGGCCGAGGUCUGGUUCGUGGGCCUCAAGGCCCGUGUCUCCAGUAAUCGCACUCUAAAGGUGGACAAUAAAAGCGAAGGCACCCUAUCAGACGUGAACAGUCCCCUAGGCCGAGCACUAAGAGAUUCUCCGCUAAACUCAUAUGAUAGCUUCAAUCGCAGUCCAUAUGGAAGCCCGAGCUUGUUCAAGACAGCAUCAACUGGAGAGCUUCAGUCAGUGGAGUCAGCCAAAUCAGACUCACUGGCGUCCGAGGAAAGCUUGAAUGCACAGGGCAGAAGUGUCUCACUGGCGGAUGCGUUUCGAGUAAGCAUGUCAAGCGCCGUAAGCUCUUCCAGCCAAGGCUCGGGUCCAGAAGACAGUGAUGCUUUAGGCGAUGUUUUCAUCUGGGGUGAAGGUGCCGGAGAAGGCUUCUUAGGUGGUGGCGUUUGCAAGCUUACGUCUGGUGCAGGGAGCAGAGUAGAUUCGCUCGUUCCAAAGGCCCUCCAGGCGGCUGUGGUGCUGGAUGUAAGCAGUAUAGCCUGCGGCAGCAGACAUGCUGCUCUAGUCACCAAGCAAGGGGAUGUGUUCUGCUGGGGUGAAGAGUAUGGAGGCAGGCUCGGGCACGGCAUCGACGUAGAUGUUUCAGAGCCUCAACUCGUGCAGGCUUUAGCGGGUGUCAACACCGAGCUUGUCGCCUGUGGCGACUUUCAUACGUGCGCCGUAACACUCUCGGGGGAACUCUACACCUGGGGGGCUGAUGCACAGAGUGGAGGACUUGUAGGACACAGCAAUCCAGUAAGUCACUGGAUGCCGAAGCGGAUGAGCUCUCCGCUGGAAGGAGUCCGUAUAUCUUCCAUCGCAUGCGGAGCCUGGCACACUGCUCUGGUUUCUUCUGCGGGCCAGCUUUUCACGUUUGGAGAUGGAACUUUUGGAGUGCUUGGUCACGGAGACAAGAGAAAUCUGGCUAUACCGAAGGAGGUCGAGUCCCUCAAAGGCUUGAAGACCGUGAGAGCUGCUUGCGGCAUAUGGCACACGGCAGCCGUGGUGGAAGUUAUCGUUGGCUACUCGAGUGCUACUUCAUGCUCGUCGGGAAAACUCUUCACCUGGGGCGAUGGUGACAAGUAUCGGCUGGGGCACGGGGACAAAGAGCAAAAGCUCGUUCCAACUUGCGUGGCUGCUCUCGUCGACUACAACUUCCGGCAGGUUGCUUGCGGGCACAGCCUUACGGUGGCACUAACAACGUCUGGGCGAGUUUUUACUAUGGGAAGUACCAUUUAUGGGCAGCUAGGAAAUCCCAAAGCCGACGGGAAGGUGCCAGGGAUGGUGGAUGGCGAACUCGCAAGAACGUUCGUUGAAGAGAUUGGCUGUGGUGCUCAUCACGUAGCUGCAUUGUCAUCAAAGACGGAAAUCUACACAUGGGGAAAAGGAGCGAAUGGAAGGCUGGGACACGGUGACGUUGAGGACAGGACCGCGCCGACACUGGUGGAGGCUCUGCGAGACAAGCAAGUGAAAACUGUUGCGUGUGGAUCGAGCUUCACAGCAGUCAUCUGCUUGCACAAGCCAGUCUCGGAUGCCGAUCAGUCCGUGUGUUCUGGUUGCAAGCAGGCGUUUGGCUUCACCAGGAAACGUCACAACUGUUACAACUGCGGUCUGGCCUACUGCCAUUCCUGCAGUUCUAAAAAGGCCUUCAGAGCAUCGCUGGCUCCCAACCCGUCCAAGGCAUACCGUGUCUGUGAACCGUGCCUCGCUAAGCUGGAGAGAAGUGCCAGCGAAGAGGUCGCCAGAAAGAGCCGCAAGUACAUGGAUGGCAGGGAGAGGCCGCUUAUCAGAGCCUCGAAACCGAUAGAGAUGAAACAAGUUGGAUACUACGGUAACAGCAGGAACACAGACGACUUUGCCGCUAAACACCAGACAGUCAUCAACAUUCCCACAGCAAUUCCAGAACGUAAGGCUGUUUCAGCCAAGCCCAGUCCUCCCAGGUCGGCUACUCCAACUCCCACAUCCGCUGGCCUUGCUCCCCCUGGAAAUGGACCUGACGAGCUCCAGAAGAAACUCGAGCUGUCACGGCAAGAGGUUCUACAUUUGAAGACGCAGGUGCGGGCGUGGUACACGUUUGCUUUUUGUUUUCUUGCUUCUAAUCAUAACUUAAUUCUCUCUCCCGAGCAGAUUAGCACGCUGACGAGUAAAUAUGAACAACGUGAAAGGGAGCUGCGACGAGGUGCUCAAAAGGUGCAAGAAGCUGUGCUUCUUGCUGGAGAAGAAACUGCCAAAUGCAGAGCAGCUAAAGAGGUUAUCAAGUCUCUCACAGUUGAGCUCAAGGAGCUUGCAGAGCGAAUGCCAAGCGCACGUCGGCAGCAGCAAAGACAAGAAGUGCCAAAUGGUCGGCACUUCCCAGCACCAGAAGCAGAGAUCGACUUGAGACUCCAGACGAGUCCGACGUCUUCCAACAGCGCCACGGAUACAACGGUAGACAAACUUGUUCUUGGUUCUGGUCCCGAAGAAUGGGUGGAGCAAGACCAGGCAGGAGUUUACAUAACCUUGGCCUUAGCUCCCGGCGGUGGAAGGGAUUUGAAGCGCGUGAGAUUCAGUCGUAGGCGCUUCAGCGAGAAGGAAGCCGAGCAAUGGUGGCAAGACAACCGAGUGAGAGUUCAUCAGCAGUACAGCAUCAUAAGAACCUCCAACACCUCGAAGAACCCGACGUGAGUCCCGGAGCAGCUUAAGCAGCAGCACCCGU